AUGAAAAUUGAAGAAGUAAAAAGUACUGCGAAGACUCAAAGAAUAUCUGCGCAUAGCCACAUAAAAGGUUUGGGAUUAGAUGAAAAUGGAGUACCGAUUCAGAUGGCAGCCGGUCUCGUGGGUCAAGAAGCAGCAAGAGAGGCAGCCGGCAUUGUGGUUGAUAUGAUAAGAAGUAAAAAGAUGGCUGGUCGAGCAUUAUUACUUGCUGGCCCUCCAGGCACUGGAAAGACUGCAAUAGCACUAGCUAUUGCUCAAGAACUUGGCAAUAAGGUACCAUUCUGCCCAAUGGUAGGCAGUGAAGUGUAUAGUACAGAGAUUAAAAAAACUGAAGUUCUAAUGGAAAACUUCCGCCGUGCUAUUGGCUUACGUAUUAGAGAAACCAAAGAAGUCUAUGAAGGGGAAGUAACAGAACUGACCCCAGUUGAAACUGAGAACCCAGCUGGAGGAUAUGGAAAAACUGUUUCUCAUGUAAUUAUUGGGUUGAAGACUGCUAAAGGUACCAAGCAGCUGAAACUUGACCCUACUAUUUACGAAUCACUUCAAAAAGAAAAAGUUGAAGUAGGUGAUGUUAUUUACAUAGAAGCUAAUUCUGGUGCUGUGAAAAGACAAGGAAGAAGUGACACUUUUGCAACUGAAUUCGAUUUAGAGGCAGAGGAAUAUGUACCUUUACCUAAAGGUGAUGUGCAUAAAAAAAAAGAGGUGGUUCAAGAUGUAACUCUACAUGAUUUAGAUUGUGCAAAUGCCAGGCCACAGGGGGGACACGACAUAAUGUCUAUGAUGGGCCAGUUAAUGAAGCCAAAGAAAACUGAGAUAACUGAUAAACUAAGAAAGGAAAUCAAUAAGGUAGUCAAUAAAUAUAUUGAUCAAGGAAUAGCAGAAUUAGUUCCAGGAGUGUUAUUUAUCGAUGAGGUUCAUAUGCUUGAUAUAGAAACUUUUACAUAUUUACACCGUGCCUUAGAGUCUGCAAUUGCGCCUAUAGUCAUUUUCGCAACCAACAGAGGGCGAUGCCUAAUACGAGGGACAGAGGAUAUUAUUUCACCACAUGGCAUUCCAUUGGACUUACUAGAUAGGCUUUUAAUUAUUCGUACAUUGCCUUACAAUAAAGCUGAACUUUUACAGAUAUUAAAACUGCGCGCAACAACAGAAGGUAUAUCUAUUGAUGAUGAAGCCUUAACUGCGCUCUCCGAGGUCGGCGCAAAUAGUACACUCAGGUACGCCGCCCAGCUGCUGACGCCGGCGGCGCUGACAGCGCGCGCAGAGGGAGCGCAGCGCAUCUCCCCGCAGCACAUCCGCGCGGUGCACACGCUCUUCCUCGACGCCAAGUCCUCCGCCCGCAUACUUACACAACACUCGGAUAAAUAUAUGAAG